CACCGCGACGCGACCGAGCGAAGAUGGCGCGCGCGCGAGGUCGCGCGACGCGAUGGACGACGAUCGCGCUCGCGUGCGUCGUGAGCGCGAUGUGCGUGUUCGGAGGCGCGACGAACGUGCGCGCGGAGGAAGACGCGACGACGGACGCCGGCGCGGCGAAAAUCCCAGACUUCGCCCCGGGGGCGGAAAAGUUUGAGUUCCAGGCCGAGGUCUCGCGAUUGAUGGACAUCAUCAUCAACUCGCUGUACUCGAACAAGGAUAUUUUCUUGCGCGAAUUGAUCUCGAACGGCUCGGAUUCUUUGGACAAGAUUCGAUUCAUGUCGCUCACCGACAAGGAGCAAUUGGGAGGCGGCGAAAACGCCGAUCUCGACAUUCGCAUCAAGGCUGACAAGGAGCGCAAGGUGCUCACGAUUCGCGACCGAGGCAUCGGGAUGACGAAGGACGACUUGAUGAACAACCUCGGUACGAUCGCCAAGUCCGGAACGUCCGCGUUUUUGGACCAAAUGGCGUCUGGCGGCGACAUGUCUUUGAUCGGACAGUUCGGCGUCGGUUUCUACUCCGUCUACCUCGUCGCCGACUUUGUCGAAGUGCGCUCGAAACACAACGACGACGACAAGCAAUGGGUGUGGCAAUCUAAGGCUGAUGGCAACUUUGCCAUCUCCGAGGACGAAGGCGAACCGCUCGGCCGCGGGGUGGAGAUCAACAUCUACCUCAAGGAAGAAGCGCAAGAGUACCUCGAAGAGACCAAGCUUCAAGCUCUCGUCGAGCGUUACUCCGAGUUCAUCAACUUCCCCAUCUACCUGUACAACUCCAAGGAAGUCUCUGAAGAAGUACCCGUCGAAGCCGGCGACGAGGAUGAAGAAGCUGACGUCUCCGGUGACGACGCCGAAGACGACGAGGAAGGCGACGAUGAGGAAGGCGACGAAGACGAAGAGGACGACGAACCGAAGACGAAGACCGUGACCAAGACCGUUUGGGAUUGGGAACGCCUGAACGACGUCAAGGCGAUCUGGCUCCGAAGCACGAACGAAGUUGAAGAGGAAGAGUACACCAAGUUCUACCAAGCUCUCGCCAAGAACUCUGAAGAGCCGCUCGCGUAUUCGCACUUCAAGGCGGAGGGCGACGUCGAAUUCAAGGCCAUUCUCUACAUCCCCGAACGACCGUCGCCGGACUACUACGACAACUACUACAGCCGCGCGAGCGCGCUCAAGUUGUACGUCCGCCGUGUCUUCAUCUCUGACGAGUUCGACGAGUUGUUGCCCAAGUAUUUGAGCUUCAUUAAGGGCAUCGUCGACUCGGACACGCUCCCCUUGAACGUGUCUCGCGAAACUCUCCAGCAACACACGAGCUUGAAGACGAUCAAGAAGAAGCUCGUUCGCAAGGCGCUCGACAUGAUUCGCAAGCUCGCGGAAGAAGGCGGCGAUGCGGAAGAUGACGAUGCCAAGCCCGAAGGCGAAGAUGACGCGGCGACGAAGGACGAGCCGAAGUAUGAAAAGUUCUGGAAGUCGUUCGGCAAGGCGAUCAAGCUCGGGAUCAUCGAAGACGCGAGCAACCGCGUGCGCCUCGCCAAGCUUCUUCGAUUCCAAACCUCGAAGUCCGACGGCAAGCUCGUCUCUUUGGAGCAGUACGUCGAACGCAUGAAGGAGGGCCAAAAGUCGAUUUAUUACAUCACCGGAGAAUCCAUCGACGCGCUCAAAAACUCUCCGUUCCUCGAGAAGCUCAUCUCCAAGGACUUCGAAGUCAUCUACUUCACCGAUCCCAUCGAUGAGUACACCAUGCAAAACUUGACUGAAUUCGAUGAUUUCAAGUUCUCCAACGCGAGCAAGGAAGACCUCAAGUUUGGCGACGCGGACGACGACGAAAAGGCUCGCUUUAAGAAGACGAAGGAGGCGUUCAAGUCUUUCACCACGUGGUGGAAGAGCAAGCUUCCGGACACCAUGAUUGAAGCGGUCAAGGUCUCCAACCGCCUCUCCACCACCCCGUGCGUCGUCGUGUCGUCCAAGUACGGCUGGUCCGCAAACAUGGAACGCAUCAUGAAGGCGCAAGCCAUGGGCGACGAAUCCCGUCACGAGUACAUGCGCGGCAAGAAGACGCUCGAAGUGAACCCGAGACACCCGAUGAUCGCGGCGCUCAAGGAACGCGCGGCUACGGAUCCGGACUCCGAAGAAACGGAAACGUUGGCCAAGCUCAUGUUCGAAACCGCGAUGUUGGAAUCUGGUUUCUCGUUCGACAAGCCUCAAGAGUACACCUCUCGCGUUUUCGACUUGUUGAAGUCGAACAUGGGCAUCGAAAAGGAUGCCGAACUCGUCGACGAGACCCAGUUCCACUUGCCGGAAGAAGAAGACGAGGAAGAUAAAAAGGAAGAAACCAAGGAAGAAACCAAGGAAGCUCCGAAAGACGAGCUCUAA